CUCUCUCAUCCUGCAGGCUAGACAGAGCGGAAGCAAGCUGCAAGCAUCCAGCAUCCAUCUGAAAUCUCAGGAAAAGCUGGAGAAGAUCCAUCAUUCCCAAGGUGAAGCUGGUAACAGCAGCAGAGAGAAGACGAGGAAAGGAGGAGGAAGAGGGAGAAGACGCGGCCAUGAUGGGCACACCUCUCCGGAGGAAAGACCCGGUAUACGAGAUGGCUGAAGCUGAACUUCAUAAGGAAAGGCUCCAAGCCCUGGCGGAAAAACGGAAAAGACAAGCCGAGAUAGAGGACAAAAGAAGACAACUCGAUGAACUUGUUCUACAACUUCAACAUUUCAAGUCUAAAGCCACGAGGGAGAGAUGGCUUCUGCAGGGGUCACCAGCGGUGCCACAAGAUGAAGAGGAAGGUCGUAGGAAACAGGUUGAGCAAGAUGAACUUCACGUCAAAACACUAGAACACACCAUUCACAGAUUGGAAUCAGAAAUCGGUCUCCUGGAGAACGAAGAAUCCCAGAUCUCGGCGAAAGAGCAGGUUCUCCGAGAGCGACUGCGGGAAACGGAGAGAUCUAUCGAAGAUCUACAGAAGAGUCUUCAGUAUCAAGAUGGAGAUGCGGUGAAUUACAACUGCUCCCAGAUCCCGGACCUCCCAGAACUGAACUCCCAAACUCCCGUCUCAGCUUCAGGAGAUCAACAACCGCCAAGAAAACCUGCAUUAUACGCCAUGGAGAUCAAUGUCGAAAAGGACCGGAAGACGGGUGCCACCAAGAUCCUCUCGGCCUCAGCGGUCAGUCCACGGGACGCUCACCAGAGGGGCGUCAAAGUCUACGACGACGGCCGCAAGGUGAUCUACGAGGUGCGUUCUGGGGGAUCUACCACACUGGAGAACGGCACGCACCCCUGGAGUCCCGGACAGGUGGACCGACUGAUGCAGCAGGUCGGCCAAACCCAACAACGAGAGGACGGCGGCCGAGUCACUGUCACACCGGCUGAGCCACAGCCGAAGGGAGGACAGUUGAGCACCAGAGAGGCCAAGCAAGACACCAAACAAACCCCUAGCAAAGGCUACGAAGGCGAGGUCACGGAGACGCCGAAGGCCUCAGCCGACAAACCGGUGACCAUGAUCUUCAUGGGCUACCACAGCAUUGAGGACGAGGAGGAAUCCAAGAAGCUGCUCGGCUUCGACGGCACCAUCAAGGCCGAGAUCGUCCUCAUCGACGAGGACGACGAGAAAUCUCUCCGGGAGAAGACCGUCACCGACAUGUCCACCGUGGACGGCAACGCCGCGGACCUCGUGUCGGGUCGGCCUCUGUCCGACACCUCUGAACUGUCCUCAGAAGGAAAAGACGAAAGCUCGACCAAGGAACUGCCACCCACAGGCGGUGAGAAGGCGCGAUCAGUGUUGCUGACGGCAGAGAAUGGACUGUAUCCUGCAAGAUCUUCAGACCCUCUGAAGUCCCCUGAACUCUCAGAGGAUGACAGUGAGCUGAAAAGAGAGAGAAGCCUGAAGACUGUAAGUUUUUUCGAUUCAGUGAGUGUGAUAUCUGCUGGUGAGAGCAGUAUGGAGCUUGAAGUUCAGACUGAGACCCAGCAAAGUUAUGUGAGAAGUGGGCAGAACAGCGUGAGACACGGGGGAGAAGGACUGGACAGCGAAGUAGCCAAGGAAAUCCUGUACCUGGAUCAGGUCCUUGAGGCCAACUGCUGUGACCCCAGGGCCGAAAUGACUUCAAAUGGGACAAGUUCCCCAGAGAUUAUCUCAAUUAGAGGUCAUGGAACUGGACCUUCUGUGCAAACCUGUGACACAUCACCCUUACACAACCAUGAAGUUGUUUUAGAAGGCAAAAAACAGACCACUUUUGUUGAUGAUAACUUUAACACUAAACCCAAUGGUCAUGCAGCGAUGAUAGGAAACGACUGUACAAGGUCACCAGAGUCCCCUAGGACAGCAAUCAAGAAAGAGGCACGUUUUGAGCUCCGACCAUUUCAUGAAGAGAAGAAACCAUCAAAACUAUUUGACAACCCAACUGAGAAAGAAGUCCGGGUGAAGAAAGUCAGACCCACGGAGGAGAUUGCAGAGCUAGAGAGGGAAAGGCUGGAACUCAUUCGGGGUCAGGCAGUCAAGAAAAAUCCUGGAAUUGCAGCGAAAUGGUGGAAUCCACCUCAGGAAAAGGCACUGGAAGAGGAGCUGGAGCCAGAGCAGCUGGAGUCUCUUCGAAGAUAUGAGGAGAGGAAGCAGAGGAGGCCAGAAACCAACCGUAUGCCACAAGCUGCACCCAGACAGACAAUCUCCUUCAUCCAACCUGAAACAGGAAACAAGGAGGAUGUUGUCAUGGAAGAGAUUGACUUUUCUGCAGCACGCAAGCAAUUUCUGCAGAUGGAUCAUAGCAAGCAGCCCACAGCCCCUAAGAGGAACGUGGCACCGCAGCUUUACUCUGCCAAACCUUUCUUCAGGACUCCCGAGGUCACGCAUGUAGAGAAGCCAUGCGGUUCUGUCACAGUUGCCAAUCAAGAAGGGGUCACAUUCUAUGACGGAAGUGAAGUUAAAGCUGAAAAGAUUUACUGUUGCUCGGGAGAAUCUGUCAUACCACCCAAAAAUGGUUUGGCUCAGAACGAGUUUAAAGAUGAUGAUUUUACUUGUGCCCGGGCAGUGAUGACCAUUGUGAAGGAAGAGGAUUCUGAUUUGUGUCAACGUUCUUUGAACAGCUCCUACCAUACGGAAGAAAUUGACUCCGGGUUAGAUGACCUAUCCCUGCGGUCUCAGGACACCACUGUACUCGAGACGCUCUCCAAUGACUUCAGUAUGGACAACAUAAGUGACAGUGGUGCAUCAAAUGAGACCAUGAGUGUCUAUUUGGAAAACUCUCUUGGGGAGUACUCUUUUCCCUCAACUCCAAUGGCCACUACACCAAUCAAUGGGAAACAUGAAAGUGGUAUCAAAUCUCCUGGUGAACAGAGUGGGUCUUAUCACGGAGAAAGCUUGACGGAAGAAGAGCUGGAAUACCAUGCUGGUAUUCUAGUCCAAAAUGCUAUCCAGCAAGCCAUUGCUCAGCAGAAUGACAAAUGGGAGCCUCUUCAGGCCACACAACAUUCGUCCCCUAUCCCCGAGAGACAUGUGGAAAGCAUUCAACCCCAACCCCUAGUGGAGAGAUCUACCGUCACACCACCUCCCAAAGUGCCAUCCCUUCCAGAGGAGACGAGAACAAUUGCUCCUCAAAUAACUGUAGUUCAAGCCGCCCCAGUUAUCCCAGUGAACACUUACAAACCCCCCAGUCCCUCUCCACCACCAGCGGAGAAACCAGAAUUCAGCUAUUUCAGUAAGUACUCUGAGGCAGCAGAGCUCAGGAGCACAGCGGCUGUCACUCGUGCUCAGGACACAGAAGUCACCUCAGGGCCGUUCAAGCUGCGCUCACGAAAACAGAGAACCCUGUCCAUGAUCGAAGAGGAGAUCCGGGCAGCCCAGGAGCGCGAGGAAGAGCUGAAGAGACAACGACAGGCGAGACAAACAUUGCACCCGCCCCGUUCGCAGAAGCUGAAGGCCAGCAACCAGCCAAACAAGCUGGUCCUUACUGGGAAGACAGCACCAGGUAAGAUUGAGAAGGUUCGUCCGGUUCCUCCAGCGUCGCCGUGCCCUUCAGAAGGAGCUCUGCCCUCGCCUCUGUCUGAUCUGGGCAGCGACGACUCUGGAGGAGGACAGCGGACCAAGAACUUCAUGCAGACUCUGAUGGAGGACUUCGAGACACACAAGGUCAAGCGCAGAGAGAAAGCUGAGGACAGCAGUUAUGUCCGCUCAGUUACAACUGAGGUUCUGGAGGCAACGCGUGUCACUCGCAGGAAAAGUAACAUGGCCCUCCGGUGGGAAGCAGGAAUCUACGCCAACCAGGAUGAGGCUGAGGAAGAUGAGGAGGAGGAGGAGGAGGAAGAGGAGGAAGAGUAAACUAAAACUUAU